AUGUUACGACGGCGGCCCCGCCUAUGGGCUGUCUUGCUCUGCCUUUUCUUAUGUAUUCAACUGGCGACAGCGAGACCGGCGGGACUUGUCCGGAGGCAAGAUGAAGUCUCACCGGAACCGACGCUAGAAACGACGCCCAGAGCACCGGAGCCAACGAAGGCGGUGACCGACGCACCCAAGGACGAUGAGGAGCCGACACCAGUCGCGAGUACGAAACCAACAGACGAAGCAACUCCGACUACGAGCGAGACAUCGGCCCCGACUCCAACAGAAAGCAGCGGAAUUGAUGACCUUUUCGACUCUCCCAUUCCCGAGGGUCAACUACCACUCCAACCAAGGAUUACACCCGCCUAUGGCCUAGCUGGUGUAUUGCUCCUAAUAUCUGGACUCGUGUAUAACACUAUUGGCAUCAAGAACUCGUGGUUGCAGACCUUCUUUUCCGUCACAUAUUUGGGCAACCUCGCCAUCACCGUCUUGAUACUAUAUGUAAUGACGGUACCCAUAAGCGACGCGAUCCAGGGAGCGUACCUCGUUGCAAUUGUCCUCACAGGACUAAUUCUUGGAGCCGGCGCCACGAUUUUUAAGGAGCUUACCGAAGGACUCGGCUGUAUCCUCGGAGGCUUCUGUGUUAGCAUGUGGUUAUUGACUCUUGUUCCUGGCGGAUUGCUCCCCCAAACCGCAUCAAAAGUCAUUUUCAUCGCCGCUUUUUCCCUCGGUUCGUUCGGGUUCUACUUUAGCCACUAUACGAGAGACUACGCCCAGAUUUUCCUGCUAGCCUUUGCCGGAGCCACGGCCGCAGUUCUCGGAAUCGAUUGCUACAGUCGUGCGGGUUAUAAGGAAUUUUGGGCCUACGUCUGGGAUCUCAACGAGGAUUUGUUUCCCUUCAACGCAACCACCUACCCAGUGACGAAGGGGAUAAGGGUCGAAGCAGCCGCCAUCAUCAUCCUCAGUGUUGUUGGAAUAAUCUCCCAGCUUAAACUAUGGCGCGUGAUUCAAGAAAGAAGGGCGAAAAAGGCUGCAGAAAAAGCAGAGGAUGAACGGAAUCUGCAGGCCGAGGAGGAGGCGAUUGGUCGACAGGUAGAAGAAGCCAACGCGAGAGAUAGGAGGGACUGGGAGAGGGUCUACGGUGAUGGCGAUGGGCAGACCAUCAGCUCUGGUAAUUCAGGUUCGGGAGAUCUUGAGAAGGAAAAGCACAUGAUGCAAGCUGCGGCGGCGUUACCCGUAUCAUCUCAAGCCUCCGAGCGCGCUGUGGGAGAAACGGAACCACUCUCGGAACCGGCCGGGAAUACCCCGUCUAAUAUGCCUCCAGAGGUCCCGCCAAAAUCCGAACCCCCUCCGCUCAUGGCCGCCGAUCCGGAAGGAGAUGCGGCCAAGAUUACAGUCCUUGUUGUUCCUGAGGAAUACCCUGCACCAGACCGUGGCUCGAUACGUGACCCUGAAGAGAUGGCCUGGGUCUCCAACGCAAGCCAGAGCCCUCGAACCCUCCACGCUCCCGGCGAUUCGUCGAACCGCGUGUCCAGGUCCAUGACCAUUUCACCCCAACCGGAUGUCGUGCCCCUGCCUUUUCAAGUUACGGUAAACGACAUCGACGGAUCGGAGGCUGAUCGAGAUACAAUUGGAGCCCGCUCAUCACUUGCAGGUACCUUUGCUGACGACGACGAAGAUAUCGACCACGAACGCCCUCAGAGUAUGCGCCGCUCAUUGGUGAAGAGGCUGUCUCAGGGGUCCAUGAAUCUCCUACACAGUCUAUCUCACAAGUCCGACAGGAAUCUCACCGGAAAGGAUAAUAAUGGAAGUCAAGAGGGAUUGGUCAACCGCAGGUCUCUGGCGCGUACUGAGGAUGACAAUGGGUCCGUUGCGGCGACAGUCGAUAUCGAGAGUGUGGAUGAUGACCGUAGCACCGUCCGAGGCGAAACGGAUCAAGACAUCGAGAUCACCGCCGAACUCUCAGGAAAGGACACAACCGAACCGGAGGGCAAACCGGGAGUUACGGAGUUGACGGAAGGCGUUUCAGCCCUCGAAGUUACUAGCAAACCUAAAAGCGGAACCAGCGAGGCUGGCGCGACACUCGAUCUGCAGGUGGACGAAGGAAACGUGUCGAAAAAGGGUAAAUCGACGACCUCCGCAAGGUCUUCCCAAGUCGUUGCUCUGACCAAGGACGCACUACCGGACCCUCUCUCGCGCACGGCACUCAAGUACAGGACAAACGAGUGGGUCAAACACUCUACCAGCGCAGACGUACCCGAGCCGGAUGAGAUUCAGCUUGAAGACUACCCUAAAUCCCCCUCGCGGGUCGAAAACGAGAAUGCCGCUCCGGUUAACGUCGAUGAGCUCCAGCUAACGGCAGAGAAUGGUACGCCUAAACCAGCCCAAGUGAUGCGCGCAGCAACGGCUACGCCUAGGCUUUCCAGCCAUGGCGGCUAUGAGCAAGGCCGGCUUCCCAUUCAACGAACGCCCUCCUCUUCAUUGGCCGUUCGGCCUAUCCCAGAGGAAGAACCGGCCAUGCGAUCAACUAAUGUCUCUCCGUCCCCGGAAGAAAGCCGCAGCGUGAGCCGCAACUCAAGCAGCCCACCGCUCGGAAUUCCGGCCGUUGUGCCUUACGCUAAUGCCAGCACUCUCCUGGGGCAGCGGGAGUCGUACCUCCGGAAUAAGACUCUCGGGCCCUAUCCGGCUCAGGGAGGCGUUGACUACUCUGUUCCCCUUGACCGAAUUCCUAGCGAAGCCGGAUCGGUGCGCAACUAUUCACCGCAUGGGUCUCGCUCGCGGACUCCCGACGAAGACGACAUGCCGCUAAGCCAGCGGAGGGCGCUCAUCCGACAGAGCAGCCAACACGGACAAUCGGCUACGUCUCUUAAUAAUCUCCGGGCUUCAAGCGCCAAUUACCUGGCCGUCCCCAUGACUGUCGACAACAUUCCGUUCAACUCUCAUCAACCACAGCGAGUUUCGUCUGUACCUACCGCGGCGGUACGCGAAGCGCAACUUGCCAACUUUAGGCAGUCCGUAGCGGCAGAUCUGCGGGCCGGUGCGCCUAUCGUUCCGAGCACUGGCCGCGAAAGUGGACUUGGAGGCAUUUACGGUGGGUCUUCCACCUCUUUAAACGGCCCUCACGGCUUCGGCCUAGGGUCUUCUCGGGAGGAUGUGCACCGGACUAUUGAGGCUCAGCGAGCCAUGAUGCUUCGAGAAAAGGAAGCAGAGGCGCAGGCGAGGGAAGCAGAGAGGUGGGAGAGGGAGAGGAACGAGCGGGCGUUUGAGCAGAUGAUGAGGAGCGGCAAUCUGCUGGACGCUCAUAGGGAAGCCAUGCGACGGCUUCAAGGCACGGCGCGGGAAAAGUAA